AUGGAGUUAGGUUCGCGCAGAUUAAAUAUUCACGUUCUAACAUUAGCAACACCAUAAUAUAAGAAAAAUUUUUGAGUUAAAAUUAUUGACUAAUUAUUUGGUUGAAUCAAUACCUUUAAUUGAGCAGUUGGAUUUCGUUAAAGUUAAUUGAUCUAAGAAUUUAUAAGCAUCUCAUCAGAGGAUUUACUUCGAUGACGAUUCCAACUAACAAAUUGAGUUGCCUUCGAAAAUAAGUUUUAACAAGUAGUUUUGACUACCAAACUAAUUAAUCUGAAGGUUUUAUAAAUUCGUGUUUUUAUCAAUUGCUUUUGUUAUCAAAUAUAAGCGACUUUCUGUGUUAUCUGAUCGUCGUGUCAUAUUCAUGUGUUGAUAAGUCAGUGUGAUAAUUAUGUCAGAUCCUUAAAGACUGAUUUGAACCCAACUCAAAUCAAAGCUUCACUGAUGACGCAAACACAUCAAAAGCUGAAUUGUAUAAGUAAACAUCUGGCUUUCUAUGGCUGUGUCGUAAAGCUGUACUUAAAUGCAGCAACGAUGUUUCUUUAUAACUCUUCUAUUACAUGUGUCUGUAAACCUAAGGGGCCAAACAAGCUGUUCAUAAUUGUCUAUGGUUUCAAAACGCUGCUAUAGCGGUAAUAUUUACAACAUAUAUUUAGGCGGUAUCAUAACAAGUAUUUAAUAAGUAUCUUAAGAUACUUAUUUUAAUAAUUUGUAAAUCUUGAUUCAUUUUACUGCACAACUUUUCGAUCAACAAUAACCUGAAUUUGGGAACACUAAAAAAAAUGAAAACUAAGCCCCAGUUUGGUCAUAAUGUUUAGGCUGUUAACCUUAAUCACACAAGUUAUUGAUACUAGUAAAGUCCUCUAACCAAGUUCAUCAGAUAACCUACAAAAUAUGUGCACCCAAUCCAAUCUAGUUCAUGAAAACACAUCAUUCCUAAUAUCGAAGCAAUAAAAAGCAAACCAAACCAAAAAAUUUGACCAUUAGGUGAUACGACAAAUUUUAGCCUUUGUAAGCUAAUAUUUAUUUCUAAAACCAUAGCGGUUAACAGAUGACCGAAAUAUUUGAGAAGUGGGGUGUGUAGCAUUCCUGUGUGAAAUAAAACCACUAAGUUUAAUAACAUCAGACCAAGAUUAUAUUAAUAGCUACAAAGAACUUAUAAUCGUUGUUAUCUUAGAUCAUUCUAAAUUUCGUCGAUAAUUGAAUGCAGUGUUCUUACAAUGGAAAAUGAGCACGUAAUCACCAUUUUAUAUCAAACCUACCAUAACCAGUCUAGUGAUAUUGUUUUCCAAGGCCAUACGGAUUCAGUAACAAGCUUAAGUUACAACGACCAACUUGAACAUGUCGUCUCAGUGAGUUGCGACCAAACACUGCGCGUGUGGUCUCUCAAAACGAGAGAACAAAUAGGUAUCACAUCAAAACAUGCUACACAGCUCAACAGCGUAAACGUAGAUAGUGAUGGGUUAAAUAUUAUAUCAAGUGGGAUGGAUUUUAGAACCUGUUUGUUUGAUUAUGAAACUUUAAAACUCAAGUUUGUUCUACUGAACGGAGGUGCAGUUACUGAUCAUUCAAUCACCAAGGAUGGUAAUUCCUUAGUAUGUGUCACUGAUAUUAGCUGCCAAAUGAACUUAUGGGAUUUAAGAUAUCGAAAGAAGGUUUUUUCAAUUCCAGAUAUUCACGAAAAUACACCAACAUGUUGUCUGUUUACUCCGAAUGGAAAUUGUGUAAUUACAACAUCAACAGAUGGAUCCGCAAAAUGCACAGACUUGCGAUCUCUCAGAACUUUACUGACCUUGCGUGAUCAUAGGAAUGCUGUAUCAUCGGCAGCCAUCGCUAGAGACGGAAAAUUACUGGUAACAACAUCAUGGGACAAAACGGUUCAUCUAUACGACAUUGAGACUGGAGACUACAGGAGAGAGGGACCACAGAUUUUAGCUGAUGGUCACACUGGUUCGAUAAGUAGCUGUGACAUAGACAACAAUGGGAUCUACCUGGCGACUGGGGGUCACGAUAAGUGUGUUAUAUUAUGGGAUACUGAGAAAAGAGAAGUCAAGCUGUGUCUCAAGAGACAUACAGAUUGGAUUAAUGACGUACACAUGACAAAAGAUGGGAAAUGGAUUCUAACAGCAUCAAAAGACAGACUGAUAAGGUCAUGGAAUACGGAAGUGAUUGAGAGGUUGCCAUUCAGUUACCUACCUGGCAAUGAGCAAACUAUUCUUACUUUAAAGUGCCCGAACUGUGAAAAAAACUUUAUCCAGACAGUAACAAGUGACUGGAGGAGACCCAAGUGCUUAUUUUGUGACCUCGAUGCAAAAACAAACAAUUAAAAGAUAUGCGACCGACUACGACGGUAUUAGCGCAAUGAAAAAUUAACGACAAAAUCACAAUAAAAGACUUCGUGUCUAAGUACUUUUU